UUAUUUUAAAAUCUAAAAUUAAUUAGUGAUUAUAUAAUAUAUAAUAAUAAUAAAAAUUAUAUUAUAAUGUCUGUGUUGUACACUUGUACUCAACAUAAUAUGCUCUAUUCAACGUUAGAAAAUAAUACAACAAGUACUGGCUUAAAAAUCUGGUAAAGUCAAUAUAUUAUAAACAGAAAAGAAUAGUAACCAAAUAAUUGUAUGAAAAACAAAUACGUAUUAAAUAAAUUAUUAACUAAGACCAACAGACGACACAACAGAGGACCAGCAUGGAGAAGAAACCUUACGCAUGUGAUGUAUGCGACAAGUCGUUCUCUGUAAGUAGCAAUUUGACGGCACAUCGACGCACGCACACUGGUGAAAAACCAUACGCUUGUGAUGUAUGCGACAAAGCUUUCUCUGAAAGUGGCUCUUUGACGGCACAUCGACGCGUACACACUGGUGAAAAACCGUACGCAUGCGACGUAUGCGAAAUGUCUUUCUCUCAAAGUGGCCAUUUGACAUCACAUCGACGAACGCACACUGGUGAAAAACCGUACUCAUGUGAUGUAUGCAACAAGUCGUUCUCUGUAAGUAGCAAUUUGUCGGCACAUCGACGAACGCACAAUGGCGAAAAACCGUACGCAUGCGUAGUAUGCGAUAAGUCUUUCACUGUAAGUGGCAAUUUGACGGUUCACAAGCGGACACAUACGAAACAUUUUUUGAUUGAUCAAAGGUCCAAGGGACACAUUUAAAUAUGAUAAACCAUGUUUACAUAUUAU